UAGCGGCCAAGCCUGGCGGGACGGGCGGAGGGCAUUGUUUGAGGAGGUCACCUUGGAGACCAGUCGCGGAGUCCAGGGGGAGUGCGCGGGCAGCGGCUGGCAGAGGGAGACUUGGCAGGCAGACAGGCUGCUUGCCCCGUGCCCUCAGUGAAUGAGCCGGAGGUCCAGGUGGCCCCCUGCGGAGCAGCCCUCCCCACCCUGGCCAGGCUAUAGAGUGUGAAGAUGUCAGACUUCGCCAAGGACAAAGCUGCUCAUUCGCUGAGGAAAAGGGGGAACGUGGUCUCUCCAGGUAGUCAUGACUUCCACCGGAAGGAAGGUCCUGGGCCUGGGCGCGCCAGAGACUCUAUGAGUACCGUGUCUUAUAUGGAUGAACCAAGCCAGCGUGACCAGGUCUCUCGCCUUGCAGUUCAGAUGGAGAACACCUAUCAGUUGGGUCCUACCAAACAUUUUCCUGUGGUCACUGUUAAUCAUAUCUUGAAAGAUGUGUUAACUAACUAUCUACAAGAAGAAGAAUAUGAACCAGAGCUCUGCAGACAGAUGACUAAAACAAUUUCUGAGGUUAUAAAAGCCCGGGUCAAGGAACUGAUGAUUCCACGGUAUAAACUAAUUGUGAUUAUUCACAUUGGACAACUGAACGGUCAGAGCAUACUUAUUGGAAGCAGAUGCCUCUGGGAUCCUAAAAGUGAUACAGUUUCAUCCUAUGUUUUCAGAAAUUCUUCUCUCUUUGCUCUUGCAAAUGUCUAUGCAGUUUACUUUGAGUGAUUGAGCGACUCCGGAGGCUGAGGCAGGAGGAUCACAAGUUCAAAGCCAGCCUCAGCAAUGGCGAGGUGCUAAGUAACUUAGUGAGA